GUAGGAUCGUACAUGUUGUCUGAUGAGAGAUGAAGCGCGGUCAGGGAUAGCUCGCCCCUCCCCCACCGCGCUCCACAACAGCUGCCGCGCCAACUCCGCUCACUCCCGAGCCUCGAGCUUCAUGCAACACCGCGUCAUAAGCCGUCUUCAGUAGGCGCCAUAACUUAGACGUCCACAGUCCUUAUCCAUACAUCACCAUAGCGAUCACCAAUUCUCCAGAGAUGCCCGAACCUAGCUCAACCGACGACGACCUUCUUGCCCGCCUCAAUGCGCUCAAGACAUCCUCCGUCAGCCUAGAAACCAACUAUAGCGCUCCGAUAGCGCCCAGGAAUCCUCCCAACCCCACCGAUGACCUCGCUGCUCGCUUCGCACGUCUUGGUAGCGCGUCUCCCUCAGGGUCGCCACAGCCGUCGCGUACAACGUCCACGAACAAUGCCGGCGCACCAGUCGCAGCGCCAGGGGCACCGAGCUACCUGGAAGGGAUAGCCCAAGGCGUAGGAGGCUCGAAUGUAGAGUUUAACGAGGAAGAUGAAAAGAGCCUAGAAGAGUUACUUGGUGAGCUAAACGGCGCCGUCGGCGAUCGGAGGGAUUGGGAUGUGUCCAAGGAAGAACAACAAGAUGUUGGAAAGCUGUUGAAAGACAUGCGCAAGAUUCUCCCGGAAGUGGAGCUGACGGACUGGGAAAGCAUUGAAAUCAAUGUUGGAAGUGGUGAGGUCGGUAGAGCCAAGGAAGAUACAGAGAGUAGAGAUGAGGAUGAGGAAGAGGAAGAGGGCAAGAAGAGAACGGAGGACGACGAGGCAGACGAUGUGAUUGCGAGAGUCAUGGCAGAACUAGAGAUCAGCAAGAAAUACGAUCCUCCUUCUCCUCCGUCAGAAGACGACAAGUCAGAAUCGGGAUACCGGAAGAAUUCAUCAAAGGAAGAUACCACAGAUGACGGAUUCACACUCCCUUCCGCACCGAAUGCCCUUCCCGAAGACGACUUCGCCAGCAGUCAAGCCAUCGAAGAUGCAUUCACCGCACGCAUGGCCGCCUUAGCAGCACCUUCGCCAUGCCAAACAGAUUCUCUCGGACUUCCUUCCGCCCCGUCCUUCGCACCCAGGAACAAGCCGCCGGUAUCGACGAAUCUACAAAAACAGGUGGAUGACGAGAUUGAUACAUGGUGUAUUAUCUGUCAGGACGAUGCGACGCUGAAGUGCCUAGGUUGCGACGGUGACUUGUAUUGCCAAAAUUGUUGGAUGGAAGGUCAUCGAGGGGAAUCUGCUGGGUUCGAGGAAAAGAGACAUAAAGCCGUCUUGUAUAAAAAGAAGAAGAAACAACAGGCUGCAGCAUGA